AUGUUUAGAAAAGCCAUGGGCAAUGCAAAAGGAUCCGCUUUUGGGCUUGGAUUGGUUGCUGCUGCUGGAGCCGCUGCAUAUGGAAUAAUGCAGUCAAUAUUUACUGUAGACGCGGGUCAUCGUGCAAUUAUGUUCAACAGAAUUGGCGGAGUAGGUGCAGAUAUCUACAAGGAAGGUCUUCACUUUCGCGUUCCUUGGUUUCAGUAUCCCAUCGUUUACGAUAUACGUGCACGGCCAAAUCAGAUACGCACUCCUACCGGCAGUAAAGAUUUGCAGACUGUGCAUAUUGCUCUUCGAGUUCUAUCACGACCGGACCCAAAUUCACUUCAAAAGAUUUAUCGUAUGCUUGGACAAAAUUGGGAAGAAAGGAUAUUGCCUUCUAUCUGCAAUGAAGUUUUAAAAAGUGUUGUGGCUAAAUUCAAUGCAUCUCAACUGAUAACACAACGUCAACAGGUUUCACUACUCGUCCGAAAGGGUCUUUAUGAGCGUGCGCUUGAUUUUAAUAUUAUUCUCGAUGAUGUUGCUAUAACUGAAUUAGCCUUCUCAUCGCAAUAUUCAGCUGCUGUCGAAGCGAAACAAGUAGCUGCACAAGAAGCUCAAAGAGCUUCAUUUCUUGUAGAAAAGGCGAAGCAGCAACGUCAAGAAAAAAUUGUUCAAGCUGAAGGAGAAGCGAAAUCUGCUAAACUUUUGGGAGAAGCUAUGAAACAGGAUCCUGGCUUUCUGAAACUCAGAAAAAUUCGUGCCGCUCAAAAAAUCGCGAAAAUAAUUUCGGAAGCUCCAAAUAAUCGGGUAAUAAUUCAUUCAGUGCUUCAUUUUAUCGACAAAAAUUUCUUAGUCUAUUUGCCUUCUGGUGGAUUGAUGUUAAAUAUAGCCGAUUCGGACUAUCUAAAUUUUGAUAAACAAGGACCAUCUAAAUUUUAA